GUAAGUUGUCCUCUUUCGGACCAGCUGGGCUGUAGAGCUACCGUGUUCGUCUCCAGUUUGUUUUCCUUUCUCACUUCGAAGUGAUGUUUUCCACUUGUCUUCAUCCACAAGAGGAGCCCCGCGUGCACGUUGUCGGCGUGCUGGGCGAGAAGGCCGGUCUCCCGUGCGACAUGACCCCCAACACGACGGACGACGAGGUGUCCCUGGUGCUGUGGUACAAGGACGACUCGACGACGCCCAUCUACUCGUGCGACGCCCGCAAGAGCCGCCUGGCGCUCGCCCACCACGCCCCGGCCGACUGGCUCGGACACCGGGCCUACCUCAGGGUCGACGCCGGACAGCCUUCGCUGCUCGAGCUGUACCCGGUGCUCGAAGAGGACGAGGGCCUCUACCGCUGCCGCGUGGACUUUAAGAAAGCGCGCACCCGCAACUACGAAGUCCUCCUUAAAGUCAUCCUUCCCCCAAAUGAACCUAUUAUCACGGACCAAAACGGCGAGAUUCUUCCCAGCAAAAGCAUCAUCGGGCCGUACAACGAAGGAGACCGCUUGCUGCUCGUCUGCCAAGUUGAAGGAGGCAGUCCCCCGCCAGUGGUCACAUGGUGGAGGGAGUCCUUCCUGCUGGACGACCAGUACAACGUGACCACUCAGGGGAUUUCGAGGAACGAGCUGGAGAUCCCGUCGCUGGGCCGAAACGACCUCAUGGCCACCUUCACCUGCCUCGCCACCAACAACAACAUCUCUUUCCCGGUGUCCGCCAGCGUCACCGUAGACCUCAACUUCCGUCCCCUGUCGGUGUGGAUCGAGGGCGAGCCGCGCCCCCUGUCGGCGGGCAAGGCGGUGACGCUCACCUGUCGCGCCACGGGGUCCCGUCCCCCUGCGGCCAUGGAGUGGUGGAAGGCCGGCAGCCGCAUGAACGCCACCCAGCUGAACGGCACCAGUGCGCUCAGCUUCGUGCCCGUCAGCGAGGACUCCGGCAAGCACCUGUCCUGUCGCGCCGAGAACCCGCUGAUCGCCGGAAGCGCCAUCGAAGACGGCUGGAAGCUCGAAGUGCACUAUAUACCGCAGCUAAACCUGCGUCUGGGCAGCAAGCUGCGCCACCAACACAUCCAGGAGGGCAACGACGUGUUUCUGGAGUGCGACAUCCGGGCCAGUCCCUGGGUGAGCGACAUCGGCUGGCGCUUCGACGGCCGGGACCUGUCCACCAACACUUCAGCAGGCGUCAUCGUGAGCAACCAGUCCUUGGUGCUCCAGAAGGUCGACAGGCGCUCCAGGGGGCGCUACACGUGCACGGCCACCAACUCCGAAGGCCAGGGGGAGAGCAACCCGGUCAACCUCAGGGUCAGAUACGCCCCCACCUGCAAGCCCGGCCAGAAGACGGUAUACGGCGCGGCUCGACAGGAGGCCGUGCGCGUGAGCUGCGAGCUGGAAGCAGAUCCUCCUGACGUGACGUUCCGCUGGCGGUUUAACUCGUCCAAGGAACUGUUGGGCUCGAGCAACGUCAUCAGCGAGUCGACCCGCAGUUGGGCCACCGUGGUGCCGCUGGCCGAGGACGACUACGGCACGCUGCUCUGCUGGGGAAAGAACGGCAUCGGCAUCCAGCGGGAACCGUGCAUCUUCACGCUCAUCCCCGCAGGACCGCCGGACAUGGUCCAGAACUGUUCUAUGACGAACCAGACGGAAGACACCGUGGCCGUGACCUGCGUCGAAGGUUACGACGGCGGCCUGCCACAGAGCUUUCGCCUGGAGCUGCACGACACGGCGCACCGGUUGCUUCGCAACAACGUCACGUCGGACUCUGGGGCGACGUUCGUGGCCCGCGGUCUGCCGCCAGGCACCAGCUUCGUGGCCGCGGUGUACGCCUUCAACUCGAGGGGGCGCUCCCAGCCCAAGGUGAUCAUCGUGAGCACACUACCGGCGCCGGUCAGCCUCACGAGGAGAGAAGGUUUGUGGCAGCUAAACUUCAGUCCUCUACUUGCCGCGUUGAUCGCCGUUGUCGGGGGACUUGUCGUCAUUGCCAUUGCCAUCAUCAUCGUGAUGAAAUUCAAAGGUCGGCAACAUGGUGACAAAGGUCAAAGUCGGAUCAAAAAGGACGACAAAUCGCACAUGCCUCUGCAAAAGGAUACCGACGACAGCAACGACAUAUUUCAUGAUGAAGAAAAAUGCCCAGACAUCAUCCCAGAUGUCCGAAUGGGAGAUACAAUAGCUGGACCCGUCAUCGAAAGCAACUUCGGCGGCACUGCUAAAUCUUGGGAAACACAGCACUUCGGUCCCAUCAACCGAGUGGCUUAUCACAAGGCUCCUGAAUGGAGUUCGCCCAGAACAGCUCGGGACAAAGACACAAUACUGCUGACGCCCCUGCAGGAGUACUCUGCGUACUCUGAGAACAGCAAAGAGUUCGACAAGGCACUUUCAGAGCAGCCAGCAGGCCAGUUAACUAGUUUCAAGCCCCUACCCAACGGCAGCGGUAAUUGACUCGGAAACGCCGCGAGGACGACAGAGAGCAAGUGAGAAGAAAAUUGCCUUGAGCAUAUGGCGAAGGCAGAUCGAGCGUCAGUGGUGACCGGCCGUCCACAGCGGCGGUGUCAUCGAUGCGACGAGCAAGCCGGAGCACGUGUAACGAGUGUAACAGAUCGAGGCAGGACACGUCGGUGUGCGGGCCCCGAGUCACACCACUCAUCGACGCCUCGAGGUUCAGCGACCUGUGUACAUAAAUCUCCAAGGAUUUGAACGCGUGUGAAACCGCAGAAUCGUGCGCGGAGGAGGGUGUCCGUGGUCAGACGCAAAAUGGUUGCGCCGAGAACAUAGCGGGCCGAAGUACGACGUCCCGCAUGGGCGAAAUCGACCAUUGACUUGCGAGUGAAACGCUGGAGUAGGUUCGUUAUACCAGUAUCUCUUUUUCUUGUUUUGUUCUGCCUAAUCGGACAUAAUAUACGUGUUUACAAAAUGAUUGUUUUGCGUUCAUGUGCCCGCGUAAGCUUGUUGGUUUGGAAUGACUUAAGCGGUUUUGUUUUUAUGCGUAUGCGGGUAGACAGUACCAGGAUAAUAAAAAAAAGACAAGCUGCGCUUAUAAGCGAUAUAGGCCUGACCAAAAUACUCAAAUGUAAAAUUUCUACGGGUAACACAAUGUGAAGGCAUUAUUUUAAAAAUUAGUGACGGAUUAGACGAGUCACGCAAAGACAAGCGUACUUAUUUUAAACACGAAUAUACAAGUCAGUAAAACAAAACAGUACCCCUGGGCAUUUGUGUUGGAGAAUUUGUGGCUGCUUAUUGUUAUCGGGGUAAGUAGCUUAUGACGUAUAAAAUAAUAACAAAAGUGUUGUCAAAAGUGACGUUAACGCUUUCGCGCAGUUACUCAUUUUGAUUGCCAAUAGAGUGUUAAUAUCACAUAUAUUGGUACGCCAUGACAACGAAGGCCUGAUCCUACAGAGUUCGACGAGAAAUGCAUCGGUCAGAAAGAACUAGUCCUCCUGUGCUCCAGUUAGGAUAACUUUCCGCUGAGGCAUUGCCCUCCAUGUUUCAGCGACCACGAGGCACCCUCCUCGAAAACAGUUUUUCGUACAUCUGUAUAUAGACACUCACGACACCGUUGCUCACGCCUGCAUCAGGCGCCCAAGAGUGCAGCCCUUCUGGACUUAGCGGAGGACUCACGUGGCUCCAGAACGACCAGAGGAACCGGCCACAGCGAGCCCCCUGUGUCUUCAUCUUCAGCCCUUUGUUUUGCACGUCCUCGUUCUCAUUCUAUUGUUUAAGAGCGCCCAUAAGCCACCAUGGCCCUCGUCACAGAAAUUUUUACUUAUCCCGAUGACGUGAUGACAAAACUGCAGCGCCUGUGUCUGUUGUCGCCGGUGAAUGCCGAUUCUAUGGUCAUCCUGAACGUCAUGCGGAAUAGGAGGAUGUCUUUUGCCUCAGGCCGGAGACGUGGUGGAGGGAUCGACUUUAGUCACUGAUAGAAUGAGAACGGAAAAACUAUAGGGCGUCAUUUUCCAAUGCCCUUUCUCCAGCGAACACCCACUCAUUCCACCGCGCUGUGGCUGCGCGUGCACACUCGACGCUCCCGAGAGGCCGAAGCAUUAUCUGUGGGAGGACGCUCUCGCUGGGUGCGGAGCAAAUGUGGAACCUCCCUGCCGUCGUCGUCCUGUCAGUGAUUAUAACACAUUGGGCAAGACUGUAGCUCCGAUUGACUGUAAUCUUCGGGAUAUUUUGUUGCAAUAGUCUCCGCUGUUUCCGGGCUAGUGUGACAGGCAUCCUCCUUUUUUGUAUGAUAUUCCCGGUGACUAAUCUACUCCUCCCAUGGGUAGCCUAAAAGUGUACCCACAAUACGGGUUCCUCGUAAAUCCGCGAUAAUGCCUGCGAUCUUGAAUCGCGAGUAAAGGGCGCGUGCAAAAUAUAUCGGGUGAGUUUGGCAAUCCAGGAGCCACCUAUAUUAGAGGUAUUUUCAGGCUGCCCAUUGGAACCGGCUCUUACGUUUCUCCCGGUUGAAAUGGAUGCGCGCCUUUUACAACCUCAGAAUAUGUGCAUGGUAUGAACUCUUUAGUCACUGAUAAUCAGGACGGCUGAGCUGUUCUCGAUUCAUUAGAUAGGCGCUGGGUUUAACGUUGGGUAGUUAUAUAUUCCUUCGUUUAAGUUUUUCAAGGACGGAAGGUUAUGUUCCAUUUCAUUUUGGUUCUGUGUCACAGCCUCACAUAUUUUAUUAUUGCUGCAUUCAUUAUUGCCGUGUGCAACCAUCUGUCAUUGCAGACUAUCGUUUGUUCGUGUAUGGUUACAAAAAGUUUUGAAUGAAGGUACGUAACACCUUCAUUGCGACGUCGAAGCAUGACGUGGGCAUUAAUGGGUGUGGAAGAGACUGUUUCCGGGGAUAAAUCAUUUGAACGUUUGCUGCAGAAUCGAGUCUCUGAAGCGUUGUUCAUUGUAAAGGUCAUUCCAUUGCUUCAGGAGAAAUGAACAACGCUUUGAUGAGUCCUGGUCGGUCAAAUCCUUAUGUUUCUAAAGAAGAUUGCUACAAUGUUUAUUCGUGCAAGUGAUUGAUUUCUGUGACCGCGUAAGAUGUGUGGCUAUUGAUCUUCACUAUAUUUUCUUGUCUCCACUAAUCGGCCCCCAACGUUAUAGAUUCUGAGGUCAAGUAUUUAUCACCUCCGUAUUAGGAUCUAGUCGAGCAUUUCAGUUUAAUUUAACUCUAUCAAGCCUGCUAUCAUUACGCCGUUUGAAGAAACUGAAAAAAUGUCGGAAUUCUAUAUUUCCAUGCCAUGGUAAACAAGCUACAAAAGAGUGAAAAACCGGUAUUUUCGACGAAUUCAGACAGUUCAAAGUGCCAUAAAAGUAACAAAAAUGCGUAGACUGAAUUGUGUUUCUUCAAGAGUGAUUGCGAAUGUUUUCAAGGGUUGAUAAAUGUCAAUACCUUCUGUUAUGGCACGUUUUUAAUGUCGGUCACACAAUGGUUUUACAGAAGCGCUUUCAAUUUGGUUUAAGUCAAAAGGUAACGUUUCGGAUAGACUGUGUUGUAUUUUGUUUUUUUUCGUGGGAUGUUAAAACGUGUUUGUGAUUUCACACGAAAGCUGUGUUUACACACUUCGUAGAUGGCGCGACAUGUUUCCAUCAUAUUUUAUGGAUUAAAGCCAUCGUUUGUAGGAAAUACCAGAAGCCCACAACGGGUACAGACUGAAGCCGUUGCUCAGCCGACGGAACAUGAGCCUGAUCCUGUGAAAGUCUCAAAUAAACAAAAGAAAAUGCUUUGCUUGAAA